AGAGCUGAGUUGGGUAGAUCAGCAUGGCGACUUUUACAUACCAUGGCAGGCAAAUUUCCUUACAAUCCAACCAAGGAUGAACAAACUGCAAUCAAGGACUUUAUCUACCUAUUUGCUCGUCUCUAUCCAUGUGGUGACUGUGCAUCUCAUUUUAAAAUUAUUUUACAAGCUCAUCCUCCCAUAGUAACAGAUCGUGAAGCACUAUCCCAAUGGGCUUGCACGGUGCAUAAUGUCGUCAACAAACGGCUACAUAAACCCAUAUUCGAUUGCUCUAAAGUUGGAGAUAUGUGGAAGUGUGGAUGUGAUGAAGACGGCGCAGGAAACAGUACCAUAUCGGCUACAGAUAGAAAUGGAAAUGCUACAACGAUUGAAUCAUAG